UUCUUGUUGGGUAUGUAUGAUUUUCCAAAUUGAUAAACUUUGUCUCUGCUUCUAAGUAAUUGCUUUUGCCACUCUUUCUCACCAAGGGGGAUCUCACUCUUCUUGAAAAAAAAAUCACAAGUGCCAUAAAUUUGAGAAAGUUAAGGAGAUCCCAGUAUUUUCUCAAGUUGGGUCUCCAAAGUGGGGGAGCUAAGGAGAUCCCAGCAUUUUCUCAUAUUUCUACACUUGAGCAGAGGGUCUUCCGGAAAUAAUCUAUCUACCUCCACAAGGAAGUGGUAGGGUCUGCGUACACUCUACCCUCCUCAGAUCUCACUUGUGGGAUUCCGCUGGCAUUUUCUCAAGUUGGAUCUCCAAAGUGCCUUCUCCAAUUUUUGUUUUUAUUAUUUCUUGAAAUGGUUCAAUCACCUAUGAGCAGAAAACUAGCAAGAAAUGGUGGCCUAUUAUAUCCAGUUAUUGGAUUUGCAAUGUUUGUCAGUUUCCUCUAUUUGGCAUUUGGAGACUUGUGGGGUUUCAAUUUCAACAGAGACGAAAUAAAGCUAAGUUUUGUGGAGAGAAAUGGAACUCAGUUCUUUGUGGAUGGUAAAGUUUUUUACAUAAAUGGAUGGAAUUCUUACUGGUUAAUGGACCAUGCUGUGGAUUAUAGUAAUAGGCCAAAGAUUAAAGGGAUUUUACUAGCUGGUGCUAAGAUGGGCCUCACUGUAUGUAGAACUUGGGCGUUUAAUGAUGGUGGAUACAAUGCUUUGCAGAUUUCCCCCGGUAGAUUUGAUGAAAGAGUGUUUAGAGCAUUGGAUCAUGUUAUUGCAGAAGCCAGAAAGAAUGGUAUCAGGUUGAUGCUUAGCUUGGUUAACAACCUGCAUGCAUUUGGCGGGAAGACCGAGUAUGUAAAGUGGGCGGAGAAAGAAGGUGUUGCUUUAAGCUCUUCCAACGAUUCAUUUUUCUAUGACCCUACCAUCCGUCGUUAUUUCAAAAAUUAUGUCAAGAUAGUGCUAACUCGGAGAAACGUAUACACUGGGAUUGAGUACAGGGAUGAUCCAACUAUCUUUGCAUGGGAGUUAAUAAACGAGCCUCGCUGCAUGACUGAUCCUUCUGGUGACACACUUCAAGACUGGAUAGAAGAGAUGUCAACAUUUGUGAAGUCCAUCGAUAGGAAACAUCUGCUAACGGUAGGUCUAGAAGGAUUCUACGGUCGUAGAAGUCCCAAAAGAUCAACUGCCAAUCCAGAAUUUUGGGCUGCUGAUCUUGGUUCAGAUUUCAUCCGCAACUCCAUGCUCUCGACGAUUGAUUUUGCAUCUGUACAUGUAUAUCCAGACCAUUGGUUCCCUGAGAAGAACUUCGAAGAAAAACUAAAAUUUGCAGCCAAAUGGAUGCUUUCUCACAUAGAAGACGGUGACAAGGAACUAAGAAAACCGAUAAUGUUCACUGAAUUCGGUUUGUCAAAUGAGAACGAGGACUUUGAACCUGCUCAACGCGACAGAUUCAUCAAAAUGGUUCUUGAUUUCAUAUACAAGUCUGCAAAAAGAAACAGGUCGGGUGCAGGAUCGUUCUUCUGGCAGUUCUUGGUUGAAGGAAUGGAACUGUAUAAUGAUGAUUUCGGAAUUGUUCCAUGGGAGAGGCCUUCGACAUAUCAGCUAAUUAUUGAACAGUCGUGUAGGCUCGCUAGAGUACACGGGGUACUGACUACACAGAUGGAACAUUUGAAUGCUUUUUGUUCAUCGACGAGGUUAUAAAUUAUGUACAAUGAAGAAACUGGUGUUUCUUCUUGUUUUUGAUUUGUUGUAGAGGGUGGUGCUGCAGGGUAGUUUUACACCAUGUAGUUCUUCAUAGAAUGUAUACAAACUUGCAUAAACUGAAAGUAGAACAGAUUCUUACAUAUCAAGGAAUCAACUCAUAUAUGCAAAUAUGAAACUUGAUGAUUGGUGAAAA